GAUGAUAUAUGCAAAUGCAAAUGCAUACUUCGACAAAUAUACACCAUUCAAACGGGCGACGACAUAUUAGUGUGACAGAGGUUGGGGUGGUACAAUGGGAAGUUGGAGUGGAGUUGGUGUUGGUUUGGGGCAUUCACUUCGACUUUCACUUUCAGAUUGGAGGUGUAUCAAAUUGGAAUCGCGCUGCAGCUCCAAAUUCAGAUUUUGUGGCACAGUCCGGCAAUCUGUGGGUUUAAAUUCAGAAUAUAAAGUAUGGGGAAUACAGAGAAAAAGAGUGAGAGUGCAGGGGAGUGGUAGCUGGAGUUGUGAAGAGGUGAUGUCAUUGUUGGAGGCUGAUCUUCCUCGAUUGUUUGACGAACAGGGAAUCGACAAAAGCAUGUAUGAGAAGGAUGUGAAAUUCCGGGACCCAAUUACCAAACACGACUCUCUUGAUGGUUAUCUCUUCAACAUUAGCCUUCUCAGGCUGAUCUUUAGUCCUCUUUUUCAGUUGCACUCACUGAAACAGACAGGGCCGAAUGACAUCACCACAAGGUGGACAAUGGUGAUGAGAUUUGGGCUUCUACCAUGGAGGCCGGAGCUGGUGUUCACUGGAACGACAGUUAUGUCUAUCAAUCCAGAAACGGGGAAGUUUCGGAGCCAUGUGGAUUAUUGGGACUCAAUAAAACAAAAUGAUUAUUUUUCUUUUGAAGGUUUAAUGGAUGUUAUAAAGCAGCUACGUAUUUUUACGACUCCAGAUUUAGAAACUCCUAAGUAUCAGAUAUUGAAAAGGACAGCAGAUUAUGAGGUGCGAAAAUAUGAACCCUUCAUUGUGAUAGAGACCAAAGGUGAUAAGCUGACAGGUUCAUCAGGUUUCAAUGAUGUCACUGGGUAUAUAUUUGGAAAAAAUACCAAGAAAGAAAAAAUUCCCAUGACAACACCUGUUUUUACCCAGAAAACAGAGGCGUCUUCACAAGUACAGAUUCAAGUUGUUCUUCCAUUGGAAAGGAAAAUAUCAGAUUUGCCAGAACCUCCCUCGGAAGGAUUGAAGUUGAGAGAAAUUGAAGGGAACAUUGUUGCAGCAACAAAAUUCAGUGGGAAAGUCACAGAAGAGAUGGUUUAUGAGAAAGAAAACAAAUUGCGGGCUGCUUUGGUAAGGGAUGGCAUCCAACCAAAACAAGGAUGCAUGCUAGCUCGUUACAAUGACCCAGACAGAACUUGGAAUUUCAUAAUGAGAAAUGAGGUACUUAUCCCAUUGGAAACAUUUGUUCUCGGGUAAACAUAUUUUUUUGUAAAUUUAACGUUCAUAAUAUUAUAGGAUGGCCUCACAUGCAAAUCGUGAGGUACAGAGUUAUUUCGAGGAGAAAAUGUUGGUCAAGUAAAAGGCAUGAUGUUACUGGUGCAUACCAUGUUAUUAUUAAGUUAUGAAUGUUUUAUUGGUAUGUAUUUAUGAACCUGGGAACUUGUAUUUACCUCUUUUAUUUCAAGGUAACUCGGAACAGAUUAUUGUAAACCGUUAAUCCUCAAGCCCAGUGGCUGUUAAAAUUUUGGUGUAAGUAUUCUUUGUAACUUGGAAUUUAGUAAACAUUCUAUGAUUUUUGUUUAUCACAAGAAUGCAUAUCAAUGCUAUGCAAAGCUCAUUCAUAGUGACUAUAGUCAUGUGUAGUUCACAAACUUAUAAUGAUUGUACAAUUUCUGAGUUGAGAACAAAAAUUGUGCAAAAUAUGUAAAUAUUUGUUGAAGUAAUUAUUCCCAAUGGUGGCUAAA